AAAGUUCUGUCUAUCUUUCGUAUCUAUUCAUUCAAUAUUUGAAUGUAAUAUAUCGAAACCUUUUCCCCUGAUUUGCUCCGUCAUCUUCCCUGCACCAUCCAUCCCACCUUCAGUUUUUUUUCCUUUAUAAAUCGAACCACACAAGCCUCAAGUGUCCGAGCCUCCUCUCUCUCUCGCGCCCUCAUUCUCUUCACCACACAUUCCGGGAUAACCCAUAUCUCUUCAGGUAUACGACUAUUCGUCUCGAAUUUGUUUUUGGCUUUUGUUUUGUUGCCGAUAAAAGCCUUAACUCAUUCAAGGUACUGGGUUUUCUUCGUACAUCAGAACCCUACAUCACAAUGAACGUACAAAUAGCCACUUGAAUAGACUAAAAUCGCAAUCCUAGAUUUUAGUUUUCUUGGGUUUGGUGAGGAAAGAUAUUCUAGGAGAUGGCCAUCCCUUAUCCCCAUUUUAUUGGUUCAGAGAAGUCCGCCAUGGAGACGGGGAUUCUCGUCCCUUCUUCUCCAUCAUCUGCUACUCUGUCUCCGGUCAUUCUGACCCAGGACGAGCUCAAGAGGAUUGCCGCAUACAAGGCCGUGGAGUACGUGAAGUCCGGCAUGGUCCUCGGACUCGGCACCGGCUCAACUGCCAAGCACGCAGUAGACCGCAUCGGUGAGCUAUUGCGCCAAGGCAAGCUCCAUAGUAUCGUCGGCAUCCCCACGUCGAAGAAAACCCACGACCAAGCCGUUUCCCUCGGCAUCCCUCUAUCUGAUCUCGACGCGCACCCUGUCGUCGACCUCGCCAUCGACGGCGCCGACGAGGUCGACCCCUUCCUUAACCUCGUCAAGGGCCGAGGUGGGUCCCUCCUCCGCGAGAAAAUGGUGGAGAGCUCUUGCCGGAAGUUCGUCGUCAUUGUGGAUGAGUCCAAGCUCGUCAAGCAUCUGGGUGGUAGUGGGCUCGCCAUGCCGGUCGAGAUAGUACCCUUUUGUUGGAAGUUCACCGCACAGAGACUGCAGAACCUGUUUGAGGACUCGGGUUGCGUUGCCCAGCUCAGGACUUCUGUCGAAAACGGAGAACCCUUUGUGACAGAUAAUAGGAAUUACAUUGUGGAUUUGUAUUUUAAGAAGGAUAUUGGGGAUUUGAAGGCCGCGAGCGAUGAGAUUUUGCGGCUAGCUGGUGUUGUGGAGCACGGGAUGUUCCUUGACAUGGCCACUACGGUGAUUGUGGCCGGGGAGCUCGGCGUCACGGUCAAGAAUAAGCUCAAGUGAUUUUAUGAUCACUGUUUAACUUCAUUUAUAUUUAGGAAUAAUGAGUAUUGAAAAUUCAUUGCUUUGAUACAAAUUGUGGAAAAGAGUAAUUGGUGAUUAUUUGUAUUGGUGGGAAGUCUUUGGUUUUCUAGAACCAAUGAUAUGGUAGGAACUUUGGGAAGGUUCUCCUCAAGUAUGGAGAUAAAUGAUUAGGAAGAAGAAUUAGGAGUUUUAGUUUUUGUUGACAGAUAAAUGACCGGCAUGUUGGCCCUGUAACGCUCUUUGAAAAUGAAAUUUUGCUUCUUUUUUCA